AUGGAGCUUGGAACCCCCGUCCAGGAGAAGCCGCCCCCCAAUGCUCUUGCCGUCAAUCAGGAGGAUUCGGGGCCCAGCAGCUUCAGGAAACGGUGCCCAUGGAUUCCUUCCAACUUCUGGGAGGAGGCGAAGAAGAUACUGGUGCUGGCAGGACCCCUGACGAUCAUCCAGUUGUUGGUGUUUAUGAUCCACGUUGUCAGCUCGAUUUUCUGUGGCCAUCUCGGCAAGGUGGAGUUGGCGUCUGUCACGCUUGCCGUUGCAGUGAUAAAUGUAACAGGUAUCUCUGUCGGAUUCGGUUUGUCUUCAGCUUGCGAUACAUUAAUAUCACAGACCUAUGGAGGGAAGAACAUGAAGCGCGUGGGGACCAUCCUGCAACGGGGCGUCCUCAUCCUUCUACUUUGCUGCUUUCCCUGCUGGGCCAUUUUCAUCAACACAGAACAGUUCCUCUUGCUCAUCCGACAGGACCCAGAAGUCUCCAGACUCACUCAGGUUUACGUUAUGAUCUUCAUUCCAGCACUUCCUGCCACCUUUAUUUACCAGUUAGAGACGAGGUACUUGCAAAACCAGCGGAUCAUCUGGCCUGAGGUGUUGUGCGGCACCAUCGGCAACAUUGUCAAUGGGAUUGCAAACUACGUCUUCCUGUAUGAGCUGGAGAUGGGGGUCAGGGGCUCUGCCUGGGCUAACACCAUCGCCCAGUAUUCGCAGGCUGUCAUCCUCUUCCUGUACAUCCGAUGGAAAAAGCUCCAUGUGGAGACUUGGGGAGGCUGGUCCACCGAAUGCCUCCAGGAAUGGGACGUCUUCAUGGCCUUAGCCGUCCCCAGCAUGCUCAUGACCUGCAUUGAGUGGUGGACGUUUGAGAUUGGAAGCUUUCUGAUAGGCCUCCUCAGCGUCGUAGAAUUGUCAGCUCAAUCCAUCAUUUAUGAAGUAUCCACUGUGGUUUUCAUGAUUCCAUAUGGGAUUGGCACAGCAGCCAGUGUCUUGGUGGGGAAUGCCUUAGGGGCUGGCAACGCGGAGGAGGCCAAGAGGACGUGCGUGGUCACCAUUUUAUGCACAGUGGGUUUUGCCCUCCUGAUGGAUGUCGUCCUGAUAGCAUCAAAAGAUGUCCUGGCUUACAUAUUUACCAGUGAUCAAGAGAUCAUUGCGCUUGUGGCCUGGGUUAUGCCGGUCUACAUCGUCUUCCACCUGUUUGAAGCCCUUUGCAGUUCAGGCAGCGGAAUUUUACGCGGGACGGGCAAGCAGAAGCUGGGCGCCAUUUUCAACGCCCUUGGCUAUUACGUGGUGGGCUUGCCGGUCGUGGUUGUGCUGCUUUUCGUGGCCAGAAUUGGAUUGAUCGGGCUUUGGCUCGGCAUGCUGAUCUGUGCCUUCAUCCCGUCCACUUGCUGCAUCAUCUACUUUGCCCGGAUGAACUGGAAGCAGGCAGCCGAGGAGGCUCAGCACCGUGCAGGAUUGACUCCAAAGCGACCGGAGGAUUUGGAUUCUGCUUCCCCUCCUGCUAAGGCAGCUCCCUUCUCAGCAAAAACUGAUGCUGAGAAUGGAGCUGUUCUGCUGAGCAUCACCAAGACGGACGGAUCGAGCUACCAAAUUCGGAGGCAGGAAGAGAUCCCUAGCCAUUCCACUGUCGGUCACGUUCUUACCACCAAGCAGCUGAUUGUGUAUCGGGGACUGGCCGUUGCAGCUGCCAUAGCUAUUUUGGCUGUAGGAAUCAUGAUACGAUUCUUCACCAUCACCGAUUAA